GUUAGCGAGAAGUAGCGCUCAGCGGCGGUUGCGUGGUAGAUGGCAGAGCUUGCUUGCUAAAUAACAUCUAACUUUGCCAACUUUAAUGACAAAUCUUCUCAACAUUUUUCAACCGCGUUGAUUGUAUACAAGGAAAGCCGUCACCAUGAGUAUACUCGCCAAAAUAGCAGAGAUUGAAAAUGAGAUGAACAGGACGCAGAAGAACAAGGCCACAGCACAUCACUUGGGUCUACUCAAAGCACGUCUUGCCAAACUGAGGAGAGAGCUCAUCACACCCAAAGGAGGGAGUGGUGGAGGAACAGGAGAGGGUUUUGAUGUGGCAAAAACUGGGGAUGCGCGUGUCGGGUUUGUUGGGUUUCCUUCAGUGGGAAAGUCUACACUUCUAAGUAACCUUGCUGGUGUGUACUCUGAGGUUGCGGCCUAUGAGUUCACCACUCUGACAACGGUGCCUGGAGUCAUUCGAUAUAAAGGUGCCAAAAUUCAGCUUCUGGAUCUCCCAGGAAUCAUUGAAGGGGCCAAGGAUGGCAAAGGCAGAGGCAGACAAGUCAUCGCAGUGGCUCGAACCUGCAACCUGAUUCUGAUAGUGCUUGAUGUGUUGAAGCCUCUUGUUCAUAAGAAGUUAAUAGAACAUGAGUUGGAAGGCUUCGGAAUUCGACUUAACAAACAGCCACCAAACAUUGGCUUCAAGAAGAAGGACAAAGGAGGCAUCAACUUCACAGCAACAUGUGCACAAAGUGAGCUUGAUGCUGAAACGGUAAAGACUAUCCUGGCAGAAUACAAGAUCCACAAUGCCGACAUCACUCUGCGCAGUGACGCCACAGCUGAUGACCUCAUUGAUGUGGUGGAGGGAAAUCGGGUGUACAUCCCGUGCAUUUAUGUGCUCAACAAAAUCGAUCAGAUCUCCAUCGAGGAGCUUGACAUCAUCUACAAGGUGCCCCACUGUGUGCCGAUCUCUGCUCACCACCGCUGGAACUUUGACGACCUGCUGGAAAAGAUGUGGGACUACCUAAGGCUUGUGCGCAUUUACACCAAACCCAAAGGCCAGCUACCUGACUACACGUCUCCUGUUGUACUCCCUGAUGGACGAACUGCUGUGGAAGAUUUCUGCUUAAAGAUUCACAAAAAUCUCAUCAAAGAAUUCAAAUAUGCACUUGUGUGGGGCUCAUCAGUUAAACACAACCCUCAAAAAGUGGGUAAGGACCACAUCCUGGAGGAUGAAGACGUUAUUCAGCUGGUCAAAAAGUAAAAGGAGUCUUAUUCGCUGCAUGGCCUGUAAAUCAGUGUUCUGUACAGCUGCUCAGUAAAGCACCAACAUAUCCACAAGAUUGUGUCAUGUGACCCAGUUUUUGAUUUAAUUAAAAAAAGAAAUGACAUGAAUGUAAGUGUCAUGUUGGAAAUGCCCAUAAUACUUAAACACCAUGAAUAGUUCAUAUUGAAUAUUGGUUAAGCCUUGCUUUAAAAUCUGUACAAUAAAAACAUGAGAGGAAAUGA